AUGGGUCCUGAUAUUGAUUCACUGCCCGGCUCUUGGGGGUGCCGCCGGCUUAGUCCACGGGGAGGGUCGGAGGAGGAGCGCCCACGAGACAGCAUUCAAGCUGAUAUUGAACGUCGCUUUCGAGAAAUGCCAUCACACGUUGGUCGUAGCACUAUUAACAACGAUGAAGCAGACCAGCACGAAGAGGACGAGGCAUUGGCAGAGGAUAUUGCUCAGGUGAUCGAGGUGAUUGAUCUAACCGUGCCUAAGCCGCCCACAGCCGCAGCAAGAGCACCACGAAGACCUCGAGAGAAACCUGCAAAACGUAACCCAGAAAUAGUCCCCAGUCAGCAUCUAAAAAUAUAUGACUACGGGAACCGAAUACUAAAGCGUGGUGUUCUUAUUGAGAUGGAAGCAGAUAUGAUGCUCACUGGGAAUGGCAUCGUCCUCCGAGGGCUCCCUUUAACGCGCGCAAGAAACUUAAGAGGACAAUUACCGCGACUCCGGAAUGAACUUAUCUUUAUGCUUGAGAUUGACCAAGACGACUACCGACCUGAUGAGGAACAGGCGGCGAUUGAAAUACCUUUAACCAAGGUUAGAGGGGUUCGGAACUUUCUCAUUACCAAUAAGGACUUUCCCGAACACCGGUUUCCUAACGGAAUAUAUAAGGAUACUCAAGAGAUAGAAGAGAGGGGAGUCCUCAUAUGCCGUUGGAAGUGCAGGACCAUCUGGAGUGAUGCUAUGAAGCGGUGUAAUGGUAAGCCUCCUAUCGAAUUCGAGGUAUCGCGUAUGACCUACGAGGAGGUGCCAAAGGAAAGAUACCGCACUCCUGGUUCCUGCUUGACAAACAAGUGGCGUGGCGGGAUAGUCCGCGGCGGCUCGUUCGUCCCGGGCCGGACAAAUGACUCGCAGAUGAUGGUAGAUGUUGAUGACACUGAGGACCAAUCUGGUGCAUUUCCUGAUGAAUGGAUUCCGAGGAAGCCAGGGCAGCAAUAUACUUUUGGUGAUAUGUUCUGCGGAGCCGGAGGAACAUCAUGUGGUGCUAGGGCUGCUGGCUUUCGGGCCUGCAAUACUUACCGUGAAGAGUUUAGAGAAGCAGAAUUGCAUGAAGAUGAUAUGUAUAACUUUAUCGUAUCAAGGCAAACUUCCACUAACCAUAUUGAUGUGCUUCACCUAUCACCGCCGUGUCAGUACUGGUCGCCGGCCCACACUACUCCUGGCGCGGGUGACGAGGCGAAUAUCGCAAUCCUGUUUGCCUGUCAUGAACUGGUCAAGAUCUUCCGUCCACGAAUUUUCACGGUAGAACAAACAUAUGGUAUUCUCCACUCGAGAUUCGAAUACUAUUUUAAUGCUCUAAUUCACGGCUUCACUCGGUACGGCUAUUCCGUACGAUGGAGAGUGGCUAACCUACUUCAAUGGGGAGCGGCUUCGCAACGACAGCGGCUGAUUAUAUUCGGCUCCUGUCCAGGUGAAGAAUUACCACCAUUUCCGCCAGCUACGCACUCAAAAGAUCCAAAUCCAGACCAGGGGACCAAACCUUACAAGACAGUCAGGCAGAUUCUGAGUAAGAUUCCCCGAGAUGCAUUACUCUAUGACCCCCUCCACAGCACCCGCAAGCUUAAAGAGUUAAGAAAUAAGCGGUGGAACCCCGAUGUACCGCUUGCCCGUACUAUUACCUGCGGUGGUGGCGUAGGAAACUAUCACUACAGUGGGAAGCGUGACUUCACGCUUCGAGAAUACGCAGUACUUCAAGGGUUUCCCGUGAACUAUAAUUUUCAGCAACCGGAGCAGAAGCGGCAAAUCGGCAAUGCUUUCCCACCUCUUGUAGUCCGGACGCUUUACAAGCACCUCCGCAGGUGGCUGGACCAGCAGGACCGAGUGUAUGUCGAUGGUGAACUCUCGGAGUCUGAGGAUAGCGAUAGUGGCGACGAUGAUGGUAUGCUAGAAGAGGUGGAAGACCCUGCCGAUGAUAGCGAGGUGGAAUAUCUCGGAGGGCUAGUAAUCGACCGAAACGAUAGCGUACAAUACCUAGGGGGACGAUAUUUACAUCAGCAAGGUAGUGAGCCACUCAUGAUCGACGACUCGGAGCCAGAUAUCAUGGAAAUAGAUGCCAUGAGCGAAGAUGUUCACAGUCCUGACAUUUGUAUCGACGCGGUUCAGGCGGUAGGAAAUGAUCCUUUUCAUCCAAUCCAGAUUAAGUGAACGGAAUGGACGCUGGUCAUAUCAUUUACGCAAGAGCAUUGAGAUUUACAGUACGACUUUGGAGGAAUUUCAUCGGAUUUGCAGUUAGACUUAGAGGAUAUAAGCACGGGUUCUAGCACUGCUACUGAACCUCCGAACACGAGUCGCGCUACUGUGCUCUCUAUGAAAGGGGAUAGACUACCCAGGCAUCGACCAAUGCAAUUUAGACAGACGAGAUAGAUCAGAUCACAUCUGCUACUACUAAGUUUACGGAUACUCGAUCGUAAGCUUAUAGACAUAAUGGAAUUAUUCCCACUCCCCGAAUAACAAACAGUGUAGCGUUGGUUUCGACGUUUCUAUUUUCCACGACAAAUUCUUAACCCCCGAGUUAUUUUCAUUUCCAGGUCGUACGUAUGUGAUGUAGAAGAACUAGACCGACCAUUCUCAUUGACUUAGAACGGUUAGCCUUGAGACAGCUGUGAGCUUAUAUGCAUGAAAAUACACGCGAAUCGUAAGAUCCGGGGAUAUUAACUAUGGUAGUAUUUUAUUUCUAUGAUGAAGUUGGUCACUAUCGAGCCUGGGUAAGGUUUGGCAGCUGUAAGCGAUACUCCCGAGAAUCAUAGUAUGCUGAGUAGCUAUUUUAGGCGGCGGAUAGCCCAUUACAAACCAAAGCCUGUAUCAACACACAGUGUUCGCUUGUAGAGCAUUAAGGGGUCCGUCCAGCGGCUUA